AACGUAUUUACUUGUGUAAAAAUACUUUUAAGACCCCCAACAUUUCAAACUUUAAUUAGGGGGGUCAAGCUCUCUAUAAUUGGUUGAGCGGCCAUACAAAGGCACCAUAUACAGUUUCUUCGUGUUUUAGUUCAGGAAGGCUGAACCUUUUUUCAAACCCAAUCACUGAUGAGUUCAUAGUUUAUGUAGACCCAAAAGUGAAAGUAACAGUCUCAUCGACUGUGGCUCUUUACUCAGCGUGUUCUUCUCGUGGUACUUUAGAGUGGAGAAGGCUGUAGGCGGGUGUAACGUUAUAUAGACUUAACAUAAAGAGGUGACAUACAGAAAAGGGAGUUUCCGAGUCAUUCGCUUGGACGUUGCAUUGAAAAAGGGGCGAAUUUACUACUUUUAGUAUUCUGCAUGUCUGGAAGUGUCAGCGGUCAUAUCUACAGGGUUAAGCAAACAACUGCUGUUUAUUGGAAGUACUCAGAUGGUUUCCCGAUGAGAUAACCUAUGUCACCAUCGAAUCGAAAGACCAAGAAGUCAGAAGAAUUUUCUGGAAUUUCGACCCAUAUUACAGUGCAAGCAGAGUAUAAGCAGAACCAUGGUCCAGUCUGAAUGCUGGCUCCUCAGGGGGCUGCUGGGUUUUAUUUGUCUAUUACCAAUGUGCAUGAGUGCAGCAACAGAUCUCUGUGUACCUCUGAAAACAGUACGGGAGAGCCUAAAUUUAAGCCUAAGGAGACGUUUUAUGAAAAUGAACUUUCCCAUUAACUAUACUAUUCAAGUGCAUUAUGAGGAGGUGUUCAGACUACGUAACAUCAGCAGACUGAAUAUGAGUAAUGAAGAGGAGCCAGUGCUGAAGAGAGAUUUACAGGACUUGUGGCUUUGGGUUAGUCAGCGGGGUAUAAAGAGGGUUUUAAGGGUGCUACCAGAGAGACACCCUACACGCCAUAAAUACCUCUCCAAUCUGGAGAAUCUCUUCAGAGAUUUUGAGGCGCUUUAUAACCAACGGAAUCCCAAAGAUGAAGAGAGAGAACUUCCAGAGAGAAUACUAAACAUCUGGUAUCGCUUGACGGACCCAUCUUAUGAGGGAUGGAAGUCUGUUACACCCAAGUCAAUACUGGACAACUGUUAUCGGACCAUGCUUUGCCUGUUCAAAGAGUGCUUCUCAAAAGAGGACGACAACUAUGAUUAUUGUGAAGUCCUCAACUGGAGGAAAGGGAAGAAAACUACAUAGCAGCAGAUCUAAGUAGAUCUGAUCUUGUCUUGGUGUUGCUGGUGUAAGUGUAAAAGGGUGUUACCUGGUUUAUGUAGUGACACGCAGCAUGCUUGUGUGCCUCUUGUCCUAGUGAAGUCACUGACUGCCUCCCAUAUGGAGUUAUGAAGUGUUACCCAUAUGGAAAAAUGCAACAGCCAUCACACCAGUUGGAAGACACUCUACUGACCCUGCAGAUAUUGCUGUCCAUCAUUCAGAACAUUCAUACCUCCAUCCACCCGCCUGCUUGCAUAUUUAUGUGGUAUUUUGCUAAUAAAUGAUCAUGUAUGCACUGUGUGUGUGCUCUGUGGAGGGGAGCAGCUUUGACUCUUCACUGUAGCAUUUACAAUUGGUAAUUCCCCCCAAAAAAGUCUUUGCCACUGUGACUUAUAUUUCUGAGGAAAAUACAUAUUUUGUCCUUGAUGUAUGCCAAAAAAGUAUAUUAUCAUUGCCACGUUGUAAAUGUUCUUGGUAAGAUUUAGGUAAGAUCUAUAAAUAACGUGGAGCUCCUUUUGAACAUAUCAUUUGCAUGCAAAUGUUGUGCUGACUGCUGGCCUAGUCGGCAUUGUUGCUUUUACCCAGAGGCUCUUUACUUUGUGCUUUACUGCUGGUUAAAUGUUGAAAGAUUGCACCAAAGUAUUCCUAUAGAAAGCUUUAAGGUGAUAAAGAGGGUUUGAUAUCAGGUUUGCAUAUGUUUUAUACACAGAUUUUAAUUUAGGUUAUUUAUUUGGACUCCUGCCACAGAAUGUUCUGGUAACUGUUGUAACAUGGCUUGGAAAAUAAACCUCUCACUAUCA